UUCCAUCAGUAGUCAGUAGUCCUCCUCGAGCGGCGCUACGGUCAACACCAAAACUAUCCUCCGUGCCAGUGCUACCAAAUUAUCACGCGCGAGUUGCUAAUCGCAUUUGAAUCCCCGAUUCCCUUUUCCCCGGUUCACAGGUGUGACAUAAUGGUGGCAGAGAAGACAGAGAUCUGCUCUACAUGAUGUAAUGGGGGAGGAGUGGGUCUGCACCCUUCACCUAGUCCUCAUAUUGUUCGUGGCAGUCGAUGCUGUGAACCCGGGUUGCGAGUGCUUACUUUUCACGGAGACGUACGGCAAAGAUUACGGGACGUUCAAUAGUCCCGACUACCCCCGCCCUUACCCAGCCAACAUCAAUUGCCUGCUCUACACUUUUGUUGCCGACACUGAUGAAAUUGUUGAAAUCACUUUCAAGGACUUCGAACUCUACAAGGCUCAUCUCGACUGCAUCGGAGGAGACUUCCUCAAAAUCUUCCUGCACCUUGAUAAGCCCGAGGUGGACGAGUAUACUCCGUGGUCGGGCUUCCUGUGUGGUGGCUACAAUGACAUCCCUCAUGUGCUCUACAGCUCGGGGCCAAACCUGGUUCUCGAGUUCCACACUCAUGAGGCCACAUACAAUGCCACUGGCUUCAUCGGCACGUUCAGAUUCAUCGACAAAAAAAACACACUGGAAACUGGUCAGCCCGAGUUGAGAACGGAGAAAGGUCGAGAGAAAAUACUAAGUUACUUUGAGUUAUUAAUUAUUGCAUGCGGCAUUGCAUGCAAUUAAUAAUAUACUCGACAG